AUGGAAUCAGACAUUGGACUUGAAAGCACUAAUUUGUAUCUUUUCCAUCCACUUGUAGGCCAUCUAUUCACCUCAGGGCCUUGCCAGGACCUGAGUUCUGCAGUGGCCAUCAAACAAAGAGAGAAGGAGUUUAGAGCAGAGCAAGAACAGCUAGCAGAGAGAAGUCUGUCACAAGUAAGAACAAUCAGUAGUGAGAUAUCUCUCGUAAAAGCUCAGAAGGAGAAUAGGCAUCAAUCUGUAUGUAGCAACUCCUGCGAGAGGACAGUCCCGAAAAUUCAUAAUAAUCUCAGAAAUAAGCUAGUCCCAUACUCCCAAAAGAAGAUCGAGAAAUCUUGCAUAAUGGACUUCCAUUCUGAAGGCCAGGAGAACACUUCUCACACUAGUUCCUCCAAAAACAAAGUUGAUAUGAGGAGCUUUGACCUCAGGACAAAAUCACGAAGAAUGGAGCAUACUAGCUCUAAUAAGGAAGCUACCAAACUUAAUGAUUUUGAACAAGCAAAAACUCCUCUUACAGUCGCACAGAUGUCCCGUGUAGGCACCCAGAUCACACUAGGAGAACCUGCAGAAGCUCAUAUUGAAUAUAUAAAGAAGCUUGAGUCUAUAAUAGCUGGGCUUAAAGCAGAGCUUAAUUUGAAAAGCCAGGAAAAUGAAACCUUAAAAUAAUGAAAAUACUAACCUGAAACAACUUCUCAGCAAAUAACGAUCAUGACAAAUUCCAACAGUUGAGUAAUAGCUUCUCAGACAAAGAUGUUGAGGUUAUCCCUACUGAAGAGAACGAAGAGGAGCUCGACUCAUUCAUUCUCGCCGAGAAAACAGCUGUAGAUGAGGUUAUGAAGAAUCCCUUGCAAAACCCUAUCAGAGAGAUUCUGAGUAUGAAAGCUAAAGUGUCUUCUGUUGACAGAAAGAAAUCUCAGAGUAAAAGAAGCAGCCUCAGAAUGCCUUUAACUGUAGGAUCGAUAAUAGAUAAUGACUUGAGCCAAUCAAGAAGAAAAGUCCUUAAGAAUUUUAGAACUAAAGCAACCUCUCCUAGCUUGGAGGACUAUAAUGGCCAGUUGCUUUCAACACCACUGAAGAUGCCGUACUACAUGAAAGCAGAGCCUCAGACAUUCAAAGCAGAGAAGAAAGAGCAAGACUAUUUUGGGGAACACUUUCACUACACUAUCGAUCUCAGCAAGAAGGCAAGAGAAAAGUCUCCUCUUCAUCCAAAUUUAACGAAUGGGACUCCUAGUCAGGCAAAAGAUGAUACCAACCCCUUCAUGAAUGAAACCAAGGGAAAAUACAGCCAAGGAAUUUCAAACCAGAAGAAGGCAUUUGUCAAAGAGGUUUCAGUACAUCUAAACUGCAUCAAGCAGGGAAAGAGCAACCGGGAGUGGUCUCUUAACAACCAUUUGAGAGCUACCUCAAAGGAAAGCAACAAUUCCAUCUCCUUCGGCGGCAGUAGCAAGAAAUACAGUUAUAUCAAGAGCAGACUGCAUCAGCCUACUUCUACAUCCAAGAUCAAGAAGGAGGCUACCUUUGUGGAAAAGAGCAAACAUGCUGAAAAGAAGAAACGUGAGAAACACAAGGUGGCCCUCAAGUUCAAAUCAGCGAAGGGGUAUCAGGAUCACACUCACAGGGAGAUGACUAAAUUUAACACAAAAGAAUCUUCUCCAACUAUUCCUGUAAAGGAUUAUUCAAACUUCAAAUACCCAAAGAAGCGUAGCAUGAACCUGAUCGACAAAGAGCCAAGUCUAGGGAUUCAGGGGUCUAGGAAGAAGAGGAAGAACCGGCAUGAGAAAAAGAACUCAGAAAGAUUGCCCCAAAUUCCUCAUUCUAGCAAGAAAUAGCCUUAAUAGCCUAAAUAAUUUUAGCCA